AUUAAGGUUAAAUAUGUGACAUAAUUGUCAUUAAUAUUAUUUAUGUAGUGAAUGUUAUCUUGUUUUGUGGCAAACCACAACAGCAAAAAACAGUGCUCAUUUGCCGCUGUUCAUAACUUUUAACUUCAAGAAUGGAAGAUAUAUUUCAGUGGUGCAAAGAAGGUAAUGCUCUCCAGGUCCGAGUUUGGUUGGAUGAACCGGAGCAUGAUCUCAAUCAAGGUGAUGACCAUGGAUUCAGUCCUUUACAUUGGGCGGCUAUGAAAGGGCACAACAAAAUUGUAGAAAUGCUUUUACUAAGGGGCGCGCGGGUGAACGCCACCAACCGUGGGGAUGAUACACCACUACACUUGGCAGCGGCGCACGGGCAUAGGGAAAUAGUUGGGAUGCUUUUACGCCAAAAAGCUGAUCUUAACUUUACAAACGAACACGGCAACUCUCCCCUGCAUUAUGCUUGUUUCUGGGGUUAUGCAGAUAUAGCGGAGGACUUGGUUCAUCAUGGCGCCAAAGUGUCAAUCGCAAAUAAAUACGGAGACACAGCAUUGGAUAAAACUAGAGGCAAUUUGGCAAAGGUGCUUCACGACGUUGCGGUUGAAUCAGGACAGGAUCUGAAAAAAAUUAAAUUUAAAGACCAAAGUUGGCUAGGGUUAAAAACGCGCUCCCGAGACGCGACCCUGUCGCGUCACAAGGGCAUCAAUCACAAAGAACUCGAUCUGAAAACGGUAAUCGCGGAAACCCACAGUGGAACAACAUACAAGGGCCGUUGGCAAAACAACGACAUAGUGGCCAAGUUCUUAAACGUCCGCGAGGUGACGCCACGCGUUUCCAGAGAUUUCAACGAGGAGUUUCCCAAGCUGAGAAUAUUCUCGCAUCCCAAUAUCUUGCCCGUUAUUGGGUGCUGCAACAGCCCGCCCAACCUGAUCGUUAUCAGUCAGUACUUAUCUUUGGGUUCAUUGUAUAAUGUACUCCACGAGAGUAGGGGGGGUAUAGUGGUAGACAAUUCUCAGGCAUUGAGAUUCGCUAUGGAUGUCGCCCGCGGUAUGGCCUUCCUCCACAGUUUGGAGCGUACCAUUCCCGAAUACUACUUAAACAGCCGUCACGUUGUCAUCGAGGAAGACCUGACGGCUAGGAUAAACAUGGCGGACGCGAAAUUCUCCUUUCAAGAAAAAGGCAGGAUUUACUAUCCCGCGUGGAUGUCGCCGGAAGCUUUACAGAAAAAAGUGUCAGACAGGAAUUGGGAGGCUUCCGAUAUGUGGAGCUUUGCGAUUUUGCUUUGGGAGCUCGCGACGAGGGAGGUACCAUUCCCGGACCAAAGCCCCAUGGAAGUGGGCAUGCGCAUAGCCCUCGAAGGGUUGCGGGUUAGCCUAAAGCCGGGCAUUUCGCCUCACAUGUCAAAACUGAUCAAGAUAUGCAUGAACGAGGACCCGGGAAAAAGGCCCAAGUUCGAUAUGAUUGUACCGAUACUCGACAAAAUGGCGCGCUGACGCACGAACGUUCAGAAGACACGACGCCUCUCACCAUCGAUUCAGUGUGUUCAAAUCGCGGAAGCUUUAAUUUUUCUUUUUAGGUUAGGUUCUGUCGACCCUGUUUAACCCCCGUAACUUCCCCUCAAAAUGUGAGUGCCUUAGGUGUGGCCUUGACAUGUAAUACGAAAUGUGCUAUUUUUUUUUAUAUAUGUACUCGCUAACUGUUGUUAGAUUUAUUUUGUUAAUAUUUAUUAAUUCAUUAACUUUUACGCCGCUAGAGCGACUGGAGGUUAUUUUUUAUUAAUAAAGUGUAAUAAUUUCGUAGGUGUCGAGUU